CAUUGAGUUGCAUCUUUUUUGGUCCGAUAUCCAAACAUCAUCCUCGGCGGAGCCCGUGAUAAUUAGUCUUCUCCGGAGUAAACUCUUCGGCGCUGCGUUUCUAUUUCUAAGAUGGAGUCUGUCGAAUUACCCAACCGGUUGAUUGCAUUUGGGGAGGAGCCGCUUGGCGAAAGGGUAAACGUGUACCACAAAAUAAAAACACUGUCUGGGAUUAUUAACGCUAUCGACGAACAAGAGUAAUCCUUCAUCCUCAACAAUUCAUUGGGUGGGCUUUUAGAUUUUCCGAAUAAACCGGCGUUCUCGGCGAGUUUCAGACUCUUAUUACUGAGUAGGCAAUUGGAAAUUUCAACCCCCACGAGAUUUGGGUAGUGUUCGCUGGGACUCCGGUAAGAUUUUCGUUAAGGGAGUUUAAGAUUGUUACCGGGCUUCCGUGUGGCAAAUAUCCUAAAGUUCAGAAGAAGAAGAAGAGAGGGACGGGGGAAGCAAAUCCCCUAUUACAGUACCCUGUUCGGUCUAGAAGAAGAUGUCACAGUUGAAAGGGUUAUUGCGAUGCUUAAGAAAAGGGUUGUUACCGAUCGCGAAAUAAGGCUGCGUUAUGCUUGUUUGGCUCUUGUUGAUGGGUUUUUGUUGCCCACAUCGCAUUACCCUAAAAUAAUUAAAGAUCACGCGGAAAUGUCCGAGGAUCUGCAGGGUUUUUUGUCUUACCCUUGGGGUCGAUUGUCUUUCGAGAUGAUGAUGACCUCAAUAAAAGAGAGGGAAGUUGAACAGCUCGCCACAACGUGUGUUGCGGUACAAGGUCUUCUAUACGCUUUGCAGCUUGUUGUUUUGGAAGCAGUCCCAGCCAUACAGGAGGGUCCACAAAUUGAUGAGGUUGUUUUGUCUGAUUCUGAUGCGGAAGCAGCCGCUGAUGUGGCUACUCGGCCAGGCGUUGCCCUCAAGCUUGGGAAUGCAAAAAAUGUCGAUUCUAAUUGCGAGGCUCAUGUAGAACCAAUCAUCUUCCCCAAUGCUCGAUUGAAUCCCGUUGAAGAUCUAACAUGGUCAGAUGAUGAAGACGGUGAAAGGGUUGACAACAUGACAGGUGGGAAAACCAAGGUAGUUCGUGGAAUGAAAGCCCAAUCCAAUGCGAGACCAGCCACUGGCAUGAGGAGAAAGAAUCAUGGUCCCAUCGGGGAGAAAGGCGAAAGCUCUAGCGGGGUAUAUUUUGAUGCUUUGUCUCGUAUGAUUGAUGAAAAAUUGAAGGCGCAAUCUGAGAAGAUUCUCAAAGGCGUGAUUCACUGGUUUACUGAAAAUUUGGUUGUUGAUCCCGAUAAUCCGAAAGCUGACAAAGAAGCCGCAGACGGAGAUCACGGUCCUCAUACUGACAAGGAAGUUGCGUUGGGGGAUAACGGUCUUCAAGCUGACAAGGAAACUGGCGGAGAAGAGCAAAACUCCAAUCCUGUUUCAUCUCCGGAGUCUGCCAACGAAUACGAGGAGUCGGAUUUUAACCCCAUCCCUCCGCCGAGGCAACCCUCAUCCAUGCAAACUGAUUUUACCCUUCCAUCUUUCCAGGGUGACCAAGCAAUAUCAGCAGUAGAUGAUGUUGUUUCUUUCUACAACUCGGUUAAUGUUCCGACUGAUCCGUCUGGCGGCGCCUCCAAUACGAAUAAGACGAACAAAGUGCAGUCGGGCGAGGAAGAAGUUGGUGUUCAGCCGGAAAAAAAUGGGAACCAACAGGCCGACGUUGAUAUGGUCGAUGAUCUUAACGCAGGCAGGGCUCACCAGGCCGACGUUGAGAUGGUCGAUGAUAUUAAUGCGGCAAUGGCUGAACAAGAUGUCAACAUGCCGUCUGAUGGUGUGGCCCACCCCAGUUCCUCCACAGUUAGCCCUCCGAAGUCUGUUACAACAGAGAAUACUGCUCUCGGACCCGAUGUUGCCCCUGAUCCAUUAAACCCCGUCGCUCCGUUGGAUCCCCUACCAUCUGUCGUUGUUGUCGCUACAUCAGUUGUUGCACCCAACCCUCCUGAGGAAUCCCAGGAUUUUGCGAUGUUCUCUUCACAGAUUGGUUCAUCUCAACCAACCCAUCCCAGCGCUCUCCCGACCCAGGCAUUAAAGACGGCUUCAUCUCCGAUAACUAAACUCAAUGACACCCCGAAGGUUGAUAAUGUUUCUUCCGUAGGAGCUUCUUUGAUUCCUAAUCUGCCGGUAACUAUUGUCCAACGAUUUUUCAACCCCCCUCCGCCUUCCGGCGGUAAACUAUUGGCUGGGAAAGAUGGCGGCGGUCCCGAUGGCGAUGUCAAUCAAGGAAGGAAGAGCAAAAGACCAAGGACGCUUUCUAGUAAGUUAGAUGGGCGGUUUCACUUCGACAAGAAAACUAAGUUACUGGUGGGUCACCCAUCCCCAUUUCUAAGCGUCGGGGAGUUGGCAUCUGAUCCAGAAGUGCGUUACCAACGAUCUCUCUCGAAGAUAAAGGGAAAAAGCUCGAUUAGCAUUGUUGGUGAAGCUUCUCUUUCCCACAAAGAGAUUUUCGACAUCAUUGAGCGGAAGAAACACUUCUCUAGCAAAGUCAUGGACGUUUUGAUCAAAUUCAGCAGACAUCUCUUACGGACAGACGACAUUGAUGGCGAGAAGCUCAGGGUUGAUGUGCUUGGCUCGAAAUUCGUUUCACAGCUGACGAGGCUCUUUCCGAAGUUUGCUAAAACUUUGCCGCCCAAAGAUUUCAUUUUUCCAUCUGCUUUAGUUGAUCUACUAAUUGGUGCUGGUGAGUCCAACCGUGUUCGUUUGUUUGCUGAGGCUGAUUGUGUGUAUAUGCCUUUCAACUUCGACAAAAAACAUUGGGUGUCGCUGUGUGUGGACCUAAAGGCACAUAAGAUUACCAUCCUCGAUUCCAACAUUCAGCUACGACGUGAUGCAGCGUUAUAUGCCGAACUCCAGCCGCUGGCUGCCAUGCUCCCUUACCUUUUCCGACAGACUAGCUCUUCUAGCGGGGACAUCUCGCUGCAACCCUUUCUGCUUGAUCGCCCGCAUGGUAUCCCGCAAGUUUCCUCCCCGUUCGAUUCCGGUGUUCUAUCGGUUUUCCUCAUCCACGCCCAUGCUGUCGGAGGGGUCGAGGAAUGCAUGGAGUUUGACGUUGUUGCGCUGGAUGUAGAAGUUAAAAAACUUGUCUCGACAAUAAUAUUGUCGGGUGUUGCCUCCUAA